AUGGCGAAACUAGAGGUUGCCACGACCUUCCUCGCUUUCACCGCUCCUCGUGCCUUGAACUAUCGCUUCUCUUCUGCCGCCGUCUCGUUUUUCUCCAGGCGCAGAGCUACGACCGUUUCCGUCGGAGCGGCGACUCCGUCGUUAUUCUAUUCCCCGGUGGUUAAUUCUAGUCGCCUUCGAAGAUUCUCCUCUGUUUCGGCCUCAGCUUCCGCGCCGGCGCCACCGCAAACCGAAGAUUCCGAUGUUACCUCUAAGAUUCCGCAAGACAAUCGAAUCCCAGCUACUAUAAUCACGGGGUUUCUGGGCUCUGGCAAGACGACAUUGCUGAAUCAUAUACUGACCAGAGAUCAUGGGAAGCGCAUAGCUGUGAUCGAGAAUGAGUUUGGUGAAGUUGACAUUGACGGGUCACUUGUUGCUUCUAAAUCUGUGGGAGCAGAGGAUAUAGUGAUGCUCAACAAUGGCUGCCUCUGCUGCACAGUUAGAGGCGAUCUUGUGAGGAUGAUUUCAGAGUUAGUCAAUAAGAAGAAAGGAAAGUUCGACCAUAUAGUGAUAGAGACUACAGGAUUGGCAAAUCCGGCCCCGAUUAUCCAAACCUUUUAUGCGGAGGAGGAAAUUUUCAAUGACGUCAAACUGGACGGUGUUGUUACUCUAGUUGAUGCUAAGCAUGCUCGUUUGCAUCUAGAUGAGGUCAAACCAAAAGGUGUUGUCAAUGAGGCUAUUGAACAAAUAGCUUAUGCAGAUCGUAUCAUAGUUAAUAAGACUGAUCUUGUUGGUGAGCCAGAAUUGAGUUUGGUGGUGCAACGCAUAAAGACAAUAAACAGCAUGGCUCAGAUGACACGGACAAAGUAUGGAAACGUUGACUUGGAUUAUGUUCUUGGCAUUGGAGGUUUUGAUCUAGAGAGAAUCGAAAGCUCUGUGAAUGAAGAUGAUAAAGAAGAUCACGACGAUCAUCACCAUGAUCACGAGCAUGAUCAUGACCACCAUCACCACGAUGAACAUGAGCAUCAUCAUCAUUCUCAUGAUCACACCCAUGAUCCCGGUGUUACUUCAGUCAGUAUAGUCUGUGAAGGAAGCUUAGACCUUGAGAAGGCAAACAUGUGGCUCGGGACGUUGCUGAUGGAACGCAGUGAGGAUAUCUACAGAAUGAAAGGUCUUCUCUCGGUGCACACCAUGGACGAGAGAUUCGUGUUUCAAGGAGUCCAUGACAUCUUUCAAGGCUCGCCAGAGCGGUUAUGGGGAGCAGACGAGGCUAGAGUCAACAAGAUCGUCUUCAUUGGCAAGAAUCUGAACCGGGAGGAGUUAGAGAAGGGUUUUGAAGCUUGCUUGAUUUGA